AUGGAGACAAUGCAGGAGAUGGCGGUGAACGUGAAUGGCAAAGGAGCCAUGCAGCUAGUGACGACCCUCCAGCCCAUGAAAGACGGACAAGUCCCUGCAGGUCGAGACGUGGUCUUUACUAGCGGAGAGGAUGGCGUCUUGUUCGUGACGGACCUGACGACCGAGAGCUCCGUGUAUCAGGUUGAAGUGUGCGAUGGGUUCAUCCCGUCUUUCGUUGUGACGCCGGAGCAGAGCCACGUGCUCAUUGCAUCGGAUGAUGACUGCAACGUCGCAUCCUAUAGUCUCCCACCGGAUUGCCAGCUGGACGCACUGCUGCGUCGCUCGACGGUCUCGAUUCGCCAAGUCACGUGCUCGUCCACGUUGGUCGCCAUUGUCGACGACGAGCCCGUCGUGCGCGUGCUACUACGCAGUAACACAGAGCAAGUGAUCCUGGCCGAGGGUUGUACCGGUGCCAUCAAGAGCGUGGCACUUGAUCCACAGGAGAAGUACCUCUGUGCCAGCAGCGAGGACGCCACAGUGCGAGUUUUUGCAAUAAAUGUACCAAAUCAGCAAGCAAUAGUGGCCAAGAUUUUCAAGAUCAAGCAUGGCAACAUACGGAAUGAUGACUUGCUGCUACGGUGUGCCUGGCAGCCGGGAGAGGCGGGCAAGUUGCUGGCCGUGCCAAUGGAUAAGGGCAUUGUUGAGCUUUUUGAAAAAGACACGUGGGUGUCUAAGAUCAGACUGAUGCUGCCGAUCGGCAAGAGCAUCGCUGCUGAUGUGGAUAUCCUGGCUUUCUCGCCAAACGGUCGGUAUCUGGCUGCGGCUACGUGUGCAAAGGAGGUGUUUGUUUGGGAGCUGGAAACGCAGACAGUUUUACGCUCGUUUAAGAUCGACUACCAAGCUUUGGGUGUCCAAUUCGCAAAUAAGAGCAAUGCUUUAGUAGUGUAUCACAUUGGCGGCAAGCUGGCUUUCGUCAAAGAUGUGAUCUCGUCGGGACACACUCCACCUCAGCAUAUGGCCGAACAAUCCUUCGCUGCAAGUGCGAGCCCAUUAGAAAAGGGUUCGAAGCAAAAAGAGAAGAAGUGCGAAGCAUCAGCAUUUGUGAGUGGCGAAGCUGAGGUGGAUGGAAAGCUUGAUGUUGACGACGAAGAGGACAUGGGCUUCGACGAUGACAACGAAGCACGAGUAGAAGCCAUUAAGGCUAGCUUUGGUUUCGGCUCAGCCGCAAAGACCAUGAUCGGCGACCACGUCAAACACGAUGACGACUUGCUGUCGACUGACCCCAGUACAAAGUCGUUUGACCAGGGACUUUCUCCUUUGCGAACAGUCACAGAACCUUUCCAGCCCGGUAGCGUCAAGAAUGCCAGCGAGCGUGGCAGCACUGCUACCACGUUACUGGCGUGGACUCCAGAAGGUGAGAUUGAGGUGAUCGGAGGAGCCAGUAUGAGUGAGCACCUGGUCAAGGUGGAGUUUGCCGACAAGUCUCGUCGAGGAUUCAAAUUUAACGACAACUACAUGUUUUCGUUAGCAUUCCUGGGUGAUUAUGGCGCUAUUUUUGCCGCCCCGCGACGUGCUCGCGAAGACUGGGAAGACGUCGAUGCAGAUACCGACGAAAGCAACAUUGUCAGCAGCUUAGUUUUCUACCGCCCGUUCGAGUCUUGGGCAAGCAACAGCUCGUGGCACAAGACAUUGCCGGAGGGCGAAGAUGCUGAGUGCGUUGCUGCAGGUCGUGAAUAUUGUGCAGUGGCUACCUCGCUGCAUACCUUACGAAUCUAUACAUCAAGUGGCCUCGACUAUGCGCUGCUGCGACUACCUGGUCGUAUCGUGACAAUGACCGCAAAAGAGUCACUCUUGGCCGUGGUGUACCAGGGGUUGUAUGGACAAAUGCUCUAUCAGCUCUUUUGUAUAGCGGUGGACUCGUCACGCAAUCGCGUUACGCUACUCUCGAAGGGUGAGUUACCUAUGACACCGCCACCUCGGGAUGUAUUUGCGUCACGCAGAGAGAACGACAUGAUAAGCGAAAACGUGUCGAACUGGGCGAAGCUUACAUGGCUUGGGUUCGACGAUCGCCAGAUUCUCUACGCAGUGGACUCGUUCUCAUGCAUUCAGGCGUUGUCACCCAGCUUAGGAUGGAAUUGGUUUCCUAUCGGCUGCGUGAGCAACGCACUGCAAAAGAAGCCCAAAGAUCGUCACGGCAUCUUUGCGCUUGGUGUGGUCAAUGACUCGUUGCUUUACUUUCCGCUGGAAAAGGGUGCCCGAGCUCCUAAGCUCCGCGGCAGUCAUCGUCCGGUGCCCGGUAUGUUUCCACUACGCGCGGCGUCUUUUCCGACAACGUCAAAGCAGAACGAUGACGGCGCGAACGGCCAAAUGUGGCAGAACGUGAGGCUAUGCGGACUGGAGUCGAUCGGGAGCGAAGUGAACGCGGAUAAGCAUGUCGCGGACCAGGUGAUUCGCGAACAGGCGGAAAUGGACAAGGCGCUCAUCUUGAUGAUGAAGACGGCUUGCACAAAUGACGAGCCUGCACGCGUGCUCGACUUGGCGAAGUGUCUGCAUCUGGAAAAAUCUCACCAGAUUGCACAGAAGCUCGCUGUUCACUUCUCUUUGCGCCAGCUGCAAACGCAACUCUACGAGCUAUACCGCUUAAAAUUUGAGGAACCUCAGCGUUUUGACCAGACGUCAAGGACACAAGCUUCUUUUCAGCCUCCUAGACAACCCGUGCCGUACCAAGUAAGCCAAGAUGAAGAGAUACCCGAGCCACGAGACGUGGAUCCUCUCUGCCGUGCGCGCAGUUUACUGUCUCGACCGCUGUCCAAGCCUUCUCGUGAUGAGCAGUGCGAUACAGAAGGUACCUCUGUUGAGAAGGCCCACGAGCCGAAGUCUUCAGCGUUACCGAGAGCUGCGUCAACGAAGGAAAGUGCACGCGUGGAACGAUCGGUGGCCCCAGCAAAUCCGUUCUUGAGAAAAACGGGUGGUUCUUCAGCACCAUCGCCUUCUGGAAGUAUGGGAGACAAAAAGACUGGGUUGCAGCGGAUGGCCAAGUUUGCGUCGCCUUCACCUACGAAGAGACAGUGCCGGUCGACGUCGAAUAAGUAA